AUGGAAGAGGCGUCUUGGGGCCCGCGGGAGGUCGGUCGGGCGAGUCCCCCUCCCCCCGCGGGAUCCGCGUGGACCGCACGGCGCGUUCUGGUUGGGCUGGCAAGUGAAAGGCGCGGCCGGGGAGGGCUCCAUGCAGGCUUUCUUCUCCUGGCUGGAGGCUUUCUUUCCACGAUAGUCGCUGCGGAGCUGGGGAAACUCGAGGCCCCGCAGGUGAAACUGGCCGAGGCUCUGGUUCUCCCGCCGAUUCCUCCGCCGAAAUUGAGACUCCCUAAACGGGCCCUGAAGCUGGAGGAGGUGAACAAGACGCGCGAGGCGACGCGGGACGUGCUCGUGUUCACGGGCGUGCCCCUGGCCGCGUCGGGUCCCAUGGCCAAGAUCAUGGAGGGGCUGUCGUUGAUCCGGGGGUUCGAGUUCAUCGAGGCGGGGGUGUCGAACGAGGAGGACGACGCGGAGAAGCAGGAGGUGUUCGAGAUGCUUAGAGCCACGAUCGGAGACUUCUCGGCUGUGGCGAUCAGCGGCCUGCCGUAUCACGAUCUGCAUUCGCAAGUGGCGGGGAAGGACAAGUUCAUCUUCGUGAGCAUGGUGAGAGACCCGGUGGAGAGAAUCAUCUCCUGGUAUUACACGGCCAGAUCCCCCUGGUUCUUCAUCGACCAGUUCAAGCAGAACCCAGCCGACGGCAUGCCCGACAUCGACUGGGCCCUCACGGACUUCGAGACCUGCAUGGAGGAGAAGGAGACGGACUGCCAAUGGAUCCCGGGGACCCUGGACGUGUACUCGGGGCGGCCCAGGCAGACCUCCUACUUCUGCAACAUGAACUACGAUGCUCAUUGCAAACCUUUCAAUGGCCCGUAUGCCUCCCAGGUGGCAAAGAAGAACGUGAACCAGCACUUUGCCGUGGUUGGGGUCGUCGAGGACUUCGAGAUGACGCUUGAAGUCCUGGAAAAGUUCAUUCCCAGAUUCUUUCAAGGAGCAAGGGCCUAUUACGCAGAGCACAAGCGCCAGCUGGACAAGGCGUACCGGAACUGGUACAAGUCCCCGGUGGCCGACAAGUACAAGGCGAUGGUGGCCAAGAACCUCACGGAGGAGAUCAAGUUCUACGAGUACUGCCGCAUGCGGCUCUACCGGCAGUACCAGGCCCUCCAGGUACAUGGACUCGCUUGA